UAAGAUUCUUCAAACUGCCUGCUCAUAUAUGGUCUACUCGCAUAAGUUCACACUUAAAAUUAAGAGAAACAGGCUUUUUCUUCAUAUUAAUAGUCCUCAAGAAUGUGAUUUACAAUUAGCCCUUGAAUUUAGGUAAAAGUUUGGGUUGGGGAAGAAAGGUUUACAAAACAGCCAGGGAUCAUGCUUUCCAAGAGCAAAGCUGGGGAGGGGUCAGUUUCAAUGGGAGGGGAGGGGGUUGAGCCCUGACCCUCCCUCCCUAUGGCUCUCCCUCCCCUCGUAGUGGUUUGCCUCCUGGGUAUACUUGGGUCAUCUGGCUGAUUCACUGUUGCUGUAAAAACAAAACCUCUGUGCUGAAAGCCGCUGGAACUGGGGAAAACUAGUCAUGAAAACCCUGACUAUCAGCUGACAAAUUGCUUGUUUUGCUUGAUAACUACCAGCUAGUCUGAUAGCUUCCAGACUAGCACAAGUCUUCAGGGGCUAACCAGGACUACAGGUCUGCUUCAGCGAAAAUCUGCUGAAAUCUCCUCCCCGAUGCCUGACUGUGCAGAGCUGUACUUCAACGUAGACCAUGGCUACCUGGAGGGCCUGGUGCGAGGGUGCAAAGCCAGCCUCCUGACCCAGCAGGACUACCUCAACCUCGUCCAAUGUGAGAACUUAGAAGAUCUGAAAAUUCAUCUCCAGACCACUGAUUAUGGCAACUUCUUGGCCGAUCAAACAGGUCCUCUUACUGUUUCCAUCAUCGAUACCAAGAUGAAAAAAAAGCUAUGCAGAGAAUUUGAAUAUUUUCGAAAUCAUUCCCUGGAGCCCCUCAGCACAUUUUUCACCUACAUGACGUGCAGUUACAUGAUAGACAAUGUCAUCCUAUUGAUGAAUGGUGCACUGCAAAAAAAACCUGUGAAGGAUAUUCUGGUGAAGUGCCACCCGUUGGGCAGUUUCAUGGAAAUGGAAGCAGUCAACAUUGCGGAAACAGCUUCAGAUCUCUUUAAUGCCAUUUUGGUUGAAACACCGUUAGCUCCAUUCUUUCAAGACUGUAUGUCUGAAAAUACUCUAGAUGAACUGAAUAUUGAAUUACUGCGCAAUAAACUGUACAAGUCUUAUCUUGAGGCAUUCUAUACGUUCUGUAAGAAUCAUGGUGAUGUCACAGCAGAAAUUAUGUGCCCUAUUCUUGAGUUUGAGGCUGACAGACGUGCUUUUAUCAUCACUCUUAACUCCUUUGGCACUGAACUGACCAAGGAUGACCGGGAGUCCCUUUACCCGACCUGCGGCAAGCUGUAUCCUGAGGGCCUUCGCCUGUUGGCCCAAGUAGAAGACUUUGAACAGAUGAAGAGAGUAGCAGAUCAUUACGAAGUAUACAAGCCUUUGUUGGAUGCUGUAGGUGAUAACAAUGGGGGAAAGACAUUGGAGGACGUGUUUUUUGAGCAUGAGGUAAAGAUGAAUGUGCUGGCAUUCAACAGGCAAUUCCACUACGGCGUAUUUUAUGCAUACAUAAAGCUGAGGGAACAAGAAAUGAGAAAUAUCGUAUGGAUAGCAGAAUGCAUUUCCCAGAGACAUCGAACUAAAAUCAACAGUUACAUUCCAAUUUUAUAACCCAGGAGAGGGCCUCAAAUGCAGAAAAUCAUAAAUGCUAAAAGGAGGUUAUACAGGAAAGUAAGAAAUCUGUUACGUUAUCUAGGAUACGCAAAAGUAAACUACACUCUACCUUCCAUAAAUUGCAGAAUCACUGGAAAUAAAAUAAACCAACCCAGAAAUACAGCAUGUCUUUUUUUUUCCAGCGGCCUUAAAUCUGGCUUCCACAUUUAUGUCUCAUUGUUCACUGUCCCUUAGACUUUGAUUUCACUUAACCCUAUCGUACUUUUUGUAUUCUUGUUGUGCUGUGCUAAAAAUCAAGACUAAUAAAAGUAUUUUACUUCUGCUUUUUCCAUGCAGCUCCACAGGCCCAAAUGCUGAAUGGUUGUUUUACUUUUUACCUUUUACUUCCCUAGUUCCAUAAAAGUCCAGAGCCAGGGGUAGCCAACAUGGGCCACAUGUGAUGGGAAAUAUUGUAGAUCUUCCCUCCAAUAAAGUUUGAUUUAGUAGGCUUGGGAAAGCUACACAAUUCCAAAUCAUAUUCCCUAAAUGCAAACUGGAGCGCUGGUGGUACAGUAGUUAACAGCUCAUGCUGCUAACCAAAAAGGUCGGCAGUUGAUCUACUAGCCACUCCUUGGAAACCCUACAGGGCAGCUCUACUCUGUCCUAUAGAGCUGCUACAGUGACAGUAACAGGUUAAGAUGGAAGUAGUGUUAAUUUUGUUAUCAACAGGCUACCCCUUAUAAAGUCAUUUCUCACAACUUUAAAUAAAAGGUGUAUCUCUCUUUCCUGUGGUUUCCUCAUGCUUUGCCUGAGAAGAAAAAAACAAGCCACGGCUAAUUGUAUCUCAUUCAUGCAGAAGUAUGAAUCACAGAGUCAGUACAUGGGUUAUGGAUUCUCCAUGAAACCCCUGA